AUGGAAACCAAAACGUCAAAAUGCACUGCCAAAACGCAAUGGCACACAUCCUUGGUAAUUAAGACAUUCUUCUAUUUAGAGAACAAAACCCCUCGUUAUAUUCUGAAAUUGCCAAACAAUCUAAAAACUAUAGAGGAAAUGAUUACUAUUCGAUUUUGGUUAGAACAACUUUUUAACUGUUGUUUUGAAAAUGCCAAGUUUAGAAAUAUUAUGUUUAAUCCAAAAAUGUUUAAUUUAUUAUUUGAUGAUGAUAAAACAAUUGUUAAACAAUUUCACAUUCAAAGUCUCGCUCUAAGCGGCAAUCAUACAAUCGAAAAUAUUUUUGGUUUGUCUCUAAAACAUUUUGCAAUUUACGAGUCUGUUGGUUUUACAAGUCUUCAAGACUACAUUUUUGAACAACAAACAAAUAUUUUAUUCAAUAUUAUAAUAAAUGAAGGCUAUAGAUUAUUAAAAGUUUCUUUCGGUUUUUGUGAUUUUUCAAAGCUUUAUGAUCUUAUUGUUGAAGUAAGUGAGGAUCUUUUUAAAAAUUCUAAUUUAAAUAUGCCAUAG